GAUGCGGGGGAUAGAGUCACGCCAGCUAUCGUUGCCUACUCGGAAAAUGAACAGGUUGUUGGUCUGGCAGCAAAACAAAGUAGAGUAAGAAAUAUCUCGAGCACAGUAGUGAAGGUGAAGCAGCUCCUUGGCAGAAGCCAGAAGUGUGGUCCUCAGACCUGACUUCUCAGCCAUUAGCCCUGAGAGGAAAGAACCGGCUGGCUCCUGGACAAAUGCUGAGAGCACACAGAACUUCCCCACGCCUUCAAAAUUGUACCCUGCUGCCCAGGAGCUCGCUUCAGUAGCCUUCCUUCCCAGUCCACCAUGGCCACCACCAGUAGCAGUGCGGGCAUCCGUUGGUCCAGACAGGAGACACGAACUCUUCUCUCCAUACUAGGCGAGGCGGAGUACAUCCAGCGCCUCCAGACUAUGCAUCAUAACGCAGACGUCUAUCAGGCCGUGUCUAAGCGGAUGCAGCAGGAAGGCUUCCGUCGCACCGAACGCCAGUGCCGCUCCAAGUUUAAAGUUCUGAAGGCAUUAUAUUUAAAGGCCUAUGUUGCCCAUGCCACAAGUAUGGGGGAUCCACCACACUGUCCAUUUUAUGAUACGUUGGACCAGCUUCUUCGAAAUCAGAUAGUGACGGACCCAGACAACUUAAUGGAGGCUGCCGCUUGGGCCAAGCACUGUGAUCAGGAUUUAGUGGCCUCUGUCACUGCAGGGGAAGAGGGAGCCAGCUUGCGGAAAGUGAAAAGGGCACAGGAAGCUGGUCAUCAGCGUAUUUUGCAAACAGUUAAGGAAUCAGAUGAGGAUUGUCAGCUGAGAAUCUGUGACCGGAUACCAGGAGCCAGUGACCUUGAGGACUCCUGGGAUGACUCCUCGGGUGCAGGGUGCUCUCAAGGGACCCCCAGCUACAGCAGCUCCCACCACCUUUCCAGAGGUGCAGUUGCUCCCUGUCAGAGCGGCCCCAUGACCAGACUGGGUGUGUCGAGGGAAUCCAGUCCCUGUACCAGCACCAGCCGAAACCCUGUUGGGGCAGCCUCCACACCACAGCCUCCAGGCGCCUCUUCCAGAGUUGCUUUUAUCUCUAGUGGGGACAGACCUCUGACCAGUGAGCCCCCUCCCCGGUGGGCAAGGCGAAGAAGGCUCUCAGUGGCCAGGACCAUUGCAGCUGAGUUGGCAGAAAACAGGAGGCUGGCACGAGAACUCUCCAAGAGAGAGGAAGAGAAGCUGGACAGGCUGAUCGCUAUUGGUGAGGAGGCCAGUGCCCAGCAAGACACCGCUAAUGAGCUGCGCAGGGAUGCCGCCAUCGCCGUCAGACGCUUGGCAACGGCCGUGGAAGAAGCAACUGGUGCUUUCCAGCUAGGGCUUGAGAAGUUGCUUCAGAGAUUGAUUUCAAAUACCAAAAGCUAGGAACUGAUCGAAGGGAUGUAUUUCCCAGACUGGUAUAACUCCAUUUCUAUCAGCUACCUUCCAGUACCCUGGCUCCUUUGCUGUGUCUUUUCCUGAGAUUCUCCCUGACGGAAAGGCCCUUGAGGAAUGGAAGCAUGGCCUGGAAGAAACCGGAAGGAACAAAUCGAUAGCUGGCUUGUCCUGGCUGCUCAUCCUGUGAGGCAAUCUUCUUUCCCUCGCCAGCAGUCUCCUCGUCUGUUGAGGGGAUCAGUCCUUCCUGCCCUGCCUACCUCACAGGGUUGUUGUGAGGACCGAGUGGCUUAUAGAUGUGUAAGGGUUUCAAAGCACUGUACACAUGUCAGUUAUGACUGAGGCGAAGCUGGGGUAAGCACAGUCGUUUACAACAUACAGAGAUGUAGUGGUGUCCCGUGACCUCAUUGCUUGACUUCAUCAGUUUAAUUAGUCUGGGCACAACUGUGUGUGUCUUUGUCGCUUACAUUUUCACCGCUGUGUCUCUGACACACCUACUUGCUAGCACUUCUCUCAGACCAGCUUCCCCGCCUGGUCUUUGUAGAGAUGAGGACCUGGUACUGAGCACUGUGGAGGUAAGCGGUUAGUGUCGGUAGACUUUGAGAGGGAAAAACAGUGAUUGUUUUAUAAGGUGGAGAGUGUGAGUAAAUUCUUUGCCUUUCGUAUUAUUUGAGCCCGUUUAGAUGCAUACGUUGUAUGUUUACAUUGUGGUUGCCAUUUGAACCCGGAAACAACCUGCAUUAUAUCCAUUUCCAGUCUGCUUGUGGCCGACUGCAUUUGUCUCUGUUAGCUGAUGUUUGGUUCGGGCCCUAACAUGUUAUUGAGGGCACGUCUAGAUCCAGAGUAACUUUUCCCCCUAAGUGAUGUAAACAGGAGAUCAUAGGACUAAUGGGCGUGGUGUCAGAGAGCAGCUCUGUUUGCCCUUUAGUUUUGAGAAGACUGGGAGGUGGUAGAGGCUGAUCCCAGAGACAGCUCUGUAAGCUCAGGCCUCACCCAAACACAUCCUGCGGGGAGGUAGUGGUGAUGAACUAUACUGCAAUGCUAUUGUAGUGCUGCAGAAAACACAGGUAAGACUCUUAGGGGCUUAAAGCCCUCCCGCAAUUAGGAAGCUUGGGAGAAAAUGUUUUAAGAGUUUUUUGGGGGGUGAGUGGGGUGCAUUGCGGUUAGGUGCUUACAGGAAAGCUGGACAUGUAAAUUAGUAAAGAAAAGGACAAAACAGUGGUGGGAUCCCUGGAGCCUUGAACAGGUGUAAGAGCACACUGCUGGAAGAUGAGGCUAUGUGAGCAGUGUGUGUGCGGAACGCACUGGGGUCUGCCCAUAACUCACAUGAGCAGUAUGCGUGUACAAUACACUGUGGUCUGCCCAGAACUCACAUGAGCAGUGUGCGUGUGCAAUACACUGGGGUCUGCCCAGAACUCACAUGAGCAGGGUGUGUGUGCAAUACACUGGGGUCUGCCCAGAACUCACAUGAGCAGUGUGUGUGUGCAGUACACUGGGGUCUGCCUGGAACUCACAUGAGCAGUGUGUGUGUGCAAUACACUGGGGUCUGCCCGGAACUCACAUGAGCAGUGUGUGCGGAACGCACUGGGGUCUGCCUGGAACUUACAUGAACAGUGUGUGUGGGGAACGCACUGGGGACUGCCUGGAACUUACAUGAGCAGUGUGUGUGUGCAGUACACUGGGGUCUGCCUGGAACUCACAUGAGCAGUGUGUGUGCGUGUGUGCAAUACACUGGAGUCUGCCUGGAACUCACAUGAGCAGUAUGUGUGCAAUACACUGGGGUCUGCCUGGAACUCACAUGAGCAGUGUGUGCAGUACACUGGGGUCUGGCUAGGACUCCUGGACUCCAGUCCUGUCACAAUUGUUUUCAUUGGCUGAACCACUUACCCUAGUUGUGCCACCAUUUUUUUUUUUUUAAUCUCUAGGUUGAGGAAUUUCUACUAGAUAAUUUUUAUAAUACCUUUCAGUUCUAGAAUGGUAAAAAUGGAGGUGAGCUCUUUAUAAUAUUUUCAGUCUGCUGCGGGAGCUCAGUAGCUAUUAAUGUAUGCUUGAAAUACUGUUUACAGUUGUAUUUAAGGACACCUCGAUAGUAUUGAUGUUUAUUGAUAUUCUGGUGAGAUUUCUGAGCAUCAUACUGAACAUCCGUAGAUAGAUGUCUUUCUUUCAUGGAAGUGGAUAUGUAAGUGUAUGUUGUUUCAUGUUUUAGGCCAUGACGUGGAAAAAUGAAUAUCUGUUGUAACCAGAUAGAGCUAAUACUGAUAAGUAUUCUGGGGAGUGGGGACAGAGAAGUACUCUGAGGAGACUUAGACCUGUGCCAUAGAGAUCUAAUAGUGACAUGUAGAUGGGCAUCUGUUCAAUAUGGGAGAAAUGCUAAGGAACAGAAGUGGAGUUAAAUUUGAGGUAUUUUGAAAACCCUAAUGGGCAGAGUAACCAAAAUAAGGGAAUCAAAUACUAGGUCCUGAGGAGUUAACAAGAAAACUUGCAAAAUCCUAGAGGAGACAGUGUGAUGGUAGAGGCCACGUGCAAGGAAGGCCUGACCUUCGCCUUCCCAUUACCUCCUCCAACAAGCCUCUCACCGUUCCGUAACUCAGGGUCUUAUCUCACGUGGGAACUAACAACCGUCCGUCCUACCUACCUCACAGGGGUGUUGUGAGGACCCAGCGCACAGGUGAAUGCCCGUGUAGAUGUGGGCAUGGAGGGUAGCGGUAGUGCGAAGGAGGCCAUAGCACGUGAGUGCUGGUGUUGGCAAACCCCGAGACCUGAGAACG